UUAUUAUACAUGUAAAUAUGUGUGUAAAUGAUAAUAUUGACAUUUAUGAAGCUUAAAUAAAAGUGACGUUUCUGACGCGAGAGAGAACCACUUUAAAGCAGUGUACCUUCGGGCGCGUCUUCCCAAUAUCAACCGCGUCUCUCUACCAAGAAAAAAUGCCAUGGCUACCAUAAAACCUAUUGAAGGCCGGACGGUGAGAAUACUAUUAGAAUCAAUUUUGAUAUACAGUACUAAUCAUCUCUGUAUUCACAGAUCCACCAAAUCCAAUCUGGCCAAGUGAUUGUUGAUUUAUGUUCGGUGGUGAAAGAACUGGUGGAGAACAGCCUGGAUGCUAGAGCAACGAGCAUUGGUAAGAACAAAUCCAUACUUGCAUUACCUGGGAAACCAAUGUGCUAAGGACCAAAUAGAUGUCCGUUUUAAGAAUCAAGGGCUUGAAGCAAUAGAAGUUCAAGAUAAUGGUGGCGGCAUUUCACCGCACAACUACGAUACCUUAGCACUCAAACAUCAUACCUCGAAACUGUCCACAUAUAACGACCUGACGACCCUUCAAACGUUUGGCUUUCGUGGUGAAGCCCUCUCCUCGCUCUGCGCUCUAUCAAAUUUUUCCGUCAUUACAUGUUUGCCAGAAAAUGCGCCGAAGGGUACGAAGCUCGAAUUCGAGAUAUCAGGGAAGUUAAAGGGCACAUCCGUCGUGGCUGCGCAGAGAGGAACUACAGUAAUCGUAGAGAAUUUAUUCAACAAUCUGCCAGUGAGACGACGCGAGCUUGAAAAGAACAUCAAACGAGAAUGGGGGAAGGUUACAGGUGUUUUAGGGCAAUAUGCUUGUAUACAAACGGGUAUCAAGUUUACUGUUUCUCAGCAGGCGGCCAAGGGCAAAAAGACUACGAUUUUCUCCACAAAAGGUAAUCCCACUACUAGAGAGAACAUUGUUAAUGUUUUCGGCGCGAAAACUCUCACGCAGUUAAUUUCAAUGGAUUUACGUCUAGAAUUGGAGCCUACGAGCGGCCCUAGUUCAAGGUGGAGUACAGAAAAUGAUGGUGGAACUAAAGAUAUCCGAAUAAUUGGCCAUAUCUCUCGUCCGGCUUCAGGGGAAGGACGUCAGACCCCUGAUAGGCAGAUGUUCUUCGUGAAUUCAAGGCCUUGUGGACUACCCCAAGUGACAAAGGCUUUCAACGAAGUGUACAGGUCAUACAAUGGAUGGGGAAGCACUCAAUCCCCAUUCAUAUUCGCUAAUAUCGAAUUAGACACUCAUCUGUAUGAUGUCAAUGUCAGUCCUGAUAAACGUACCAUCUUACUUCAUGAUCAGAGUCGUAUGUUGGAAAAUCUGAAGACGGCUCUCGCUGAACUCUUUGAAAGCCAGGAUCAUACAAUACCGGUAUCUCAAUUAUCAGCACAGAAACAACCACAGUAUAAGCAAUUGACCAUUGAUCGAGAAGCUGCGAGUGUAUCUGAAACUUCGCAACAGCGCUCUCACGUACCUGAUCCGUCUGUCGAGGAGGAAGAUGAGGAGGAAGAACAAGCUUCGCAAGCCGUUUCGAAAUUUAGGCGACCCAGUAAAGCUCAAAAUACAGAUAUUGAAGGAUCUAAUGUGCAAUCUAAUUCAAAGGCAAAACGUGCUGGCAUAUCCCGAGAGUCAUUGACCCGAGAUGGUGAUGCCAUUAGUUUAAUCUCGCAUUGGGUCGGCCGUAAAUCAGAGGAACGGAGGGACCAACGACCUGCAGCUCCCAAGCCUGAGCAAAAUGUUCGUCAAGGUUUAUCAAGGGAAAAGCAAAGACUGAUCUCCAACUUUGGCAAGGAGGGUGCCCAGGUUGAGGGGGUUGAAGGUGAUCUUGUAAGCCCCGAAAGUUCGAUUGCAACUACUCAAGAAUGUCAGCCCGGAUCGACGAGACCUCCUCCACACAUUGCUAAUUUCAAUGACCGCAUGGCAGAGGCUAGUAUCUCCAGGGGAGCAUCCAAAAGAGUAGAAGCUCCAGGAGAUACGCUUAGUCUAUCUGAAUCAGAACAACCCGUUCCCCAGCUUCUAUCACCAUCUCCAAUGUCCACCCCGGGAGUACUGAGCUCGCUUGAAAGUAGUAGACCACGACGAUCUCAACAGGAAAUGGCCACAAUCACGAUUGGUGAUCAUACUGUGACUAGUUCUAUUGGAACACCCGCUCCGAAGAGAUUGAAGGUUGAUGGCACUCCUGCUACCUUACGUAAAGGUAUAGAGCCGCAGCGAACUGCCAUUAGGCCCUCUUUUGGACGCCGGCUUAUUAAACGGUUCGGUGCGCCUGGAACUCAAGCCUCGGGAGCCAAUGAUGAUACAGAUAUGGUAGACAUAGAGGAACCAGAAUCUACGUUGGAAACAGCUGGACCUGAUUCACCGGAUGCUUUUGAUGCUAAUUCAUUGACUAAUCUCCAAGAUACAGUAGUCGAUGAAGAUUCGCAGGUGGCUUCUUUGGCAAAUGAGGAAGCAUUUGCAUCAUCAGUAGCUCCUCCAGUCAAUGAUACCGAUGGUGAUGACGGAGACGGGGAUUACAUAGAUGAAAAGGAGAAGAAGAUUCGGGAAGAAGCGAAAGUUCAAGAGAUGAUUGAAGAGGCUGAAAGAAUGGCUGAGCUACCAUCCCAAGAAAAUACUUCUCGUGCAAAAUUACUCCUGAAAGGUGGCGCGAAGAGGAAGGAAUCAACAUUCAACCUGACACAGACAAUUGAGACUACUGUCCUCGAUAUUAACCAACAAUUUCAAUCUCUGAAUGAUGUACUUUCCCAGUACACAAAUCAGCCUACCUCUAAUUCUCAAGACGAAGCUCUCGAUUCUGCCGGGGCAGAAGAGCGACUCUCCCUAACAAUUUCGAAAAGUGAUUUUGCUAAGAUGAAAGUCAUUGGUCAAUUCAAUCUCGGCUUCAUCCUCGCGUCUAAAACCCCUGAGUCAACAAGCGAAAAUGGUCGAAUACAAACAGCAGAUAAUGUCUUUAUUAUUGAUCAACACUCAUCAGAUGAGAAAUAUAAUUUUGAACGUCUACAAGCUACAACUAUUGUACAAUCGCAACGAUUAGUUUACCCCAAAACUCUUUCUCUAACAGCAUUAGAAGAAGAAAUCGUAGCUGAGAACCUCGACAUAUUGGAACAAAACGGAUUCAUCUUAACGAUCGAUCCCUCAUCGCAAAAUGUUGGAGGAAGAUGCCAACUAGUAUCUCUUCCUGUCUCACGGGAAACGACUUUUUCAAUAAAUGAUCUAGAGGAGCUAAUUGCUCUAUUGGCGGAAAGUGGAGGGAGAGGAGAUGUGGUAAGACCGAGCAAAGUAAGGAAAAUGUUUGCGAUGAGAGCUUGUAGGAGUAGUAUUAUGAUUGGGAAGUCCUUGACGAGCGGUCAAAUGGAGAAGGUGGUGAGACAUAUGGGCGAAAUUGAACAGCCGUGGAAUUGUCCGCAUGGAAGACCAACUAUGAGACAUCUUUGUGGAUUGAGUUUGUGGGAUGGGGAGGGGGAGGGAUGGAAGGGGGAUUUGAGUGGGGAGACGGAUUGGUGUGGCUAUGUUGGGAGGAAGAGGGGUGGGGUGUAGAUAGUGGGUGGAUUGGAGUUGGUUGUUUUAUUUGGUUGGUAUUUUAUCGUAUGGUGUUAUGGGAUGGGAGGGGAAGGAAAGGAAAGGAAGGAAGGAUCUUUUGGGAGUUCAGCGCAACGUGUUUUGUUGUUAUGGGAUAUCAUAUUUGAGAGUAGACCAUUUUGAUAGAUAUGGGGAGGGGAGUUGGGAGACGGAAAAUAAAUGUCUAUAUACU